CUUUUCACAGAUAUUGCUCCAAAAACCGCAGAAAACUUUCGUGCACUUUGUACAGGUAACUACCCAUGAAAAGAAGGAUAGGUACUGUGCUUUAUCGAAAAACAAAAAAGGAGGAUAGAUAGUGAACUUACUGGAAGGACAUAUGUUGUGAACUAACUGGCAACUGCACAUAAAGCGAAAAUGUACACUGUGUAGCAAACAAUUUAUGGAUCAAGAACUACUCACAAUGCACAUUACAGGAACAGGUAGAUAAGACACCCCCUAGUUCGUCACUUUCUUCCUGGAAGUUUGGCAGCUCAAUCGUAAUACUUUUUGUCGAGGAAAAUAAAAUUUAAAGAAAUGGUUCAGGUCACCUUAGCAAGUGCUAUCCUUUGCUGGGGUAUUGGCUGGUUGCUGUUGGCUGUUGGUUCAAGGGGAGAAAGGAGUCAGCUCUAAGACUGGAAAACCGUUGCAUUAUAAAGGAACAUUUUUCCAUCGCAUUGUCAAGGGAUCUGUGGCUCAGGAUGCAGGGCUGAUGGUCACGACUGCAUAUCUUGUGAUGUAGUUUUAAGGCUGGCGACUUGCUGAGACAAGAUGGGAACUAUGGGGAAAGUAUCUAUGGAGGAAAGUUUCCAGAUGAGGUGCCAAAGCUAAAACAUGAUGCCCAAGGUCUACUAUCUAUGGCAAUUGCUGAUCGUGAUGCACGUGGUUCUAUAUUUUCUAUCACCUUUCAGGCUGACCAUCAUCUUGACAGGAAAUGCAUUGUCUUCGGGAUACUUAUUGAUGGCCUUGAAGUUCUUAAGAAGAUUGAGAGUGUGGGAAAUGAAGAGGGAAAACCCGAUGUAACUGUGAAGAUAAUCAACUGCGGCGAGUUACCUGAUUAUAAGAGAAAACUAAACAAAUUGAAAAAUGGGAAGCACAAAAAAUCCUCCAAAGAAAGAAGAAAAAAGAGAAGGAGAUACUACACAUCAGAAUCAGAGAGCUCUACGGAUAGUGAUACUGAGUCUUCUGAGUCUGAUAGUGAUUCUGACUUGGAUGUAUCUUCUGAAUCAGAAAUUAGCUCAUCCAGUGAUGAUAGGCGGAGGAAGAGGAAGAGAUCUAAAAGAGACAGGCAUAGACGUGCUAAAAGAAAGGAGAAGCGACGUGAGAAAAGGCGCAAAAGGCGUGAUAAGAAAUCAAAACGCAGAUCAAAAAGGGCAUCAGAUAGUCUUUCAGAAAAUGAGAAUGGACGUGAUAGCAGUUCUGAAGAUGAUGGUGUAAAACGAGGUUCCGAAGGGAAGCACAAAAGUAUGGAAAAGAAAACUGUAGGCAAUUGUUCUCCUUCACUUGAGGAGGGAGAAGCAGUUUCUCUUCAUGACAAGAAAGAGGCAACUGACAUUUUUGAAGGAGAGGAGGCAGACUUGCCCAAGGAAAAUGGAGAGCGUCAAAGCAAUCAUACCAAAGUGGAAGAUAGAUCUGAUAAAUAUGUUGAUAGGCAGCCUGAUGUAGUGGAUGAUCACCCUUGCAAAUCUAGGAGCAGAAGCAUAAGUCCCAAAAGGACAAUGAGUAGGAGUAUGAGCAUUAGUCCUCGGAGGAGUCUAAGCAGAAGUCGAAGUGUUAGCCCAAAGCGCAGUGUGAGCAGGAGUCCAAGUGUUAGAUCCAGACGCAGUGUAAGCAGAAGUCCAAGUCGCAGUGGAAGUCCUCGUCGCAUCUCGCAGAGAAGGAGCAUCAGCGUGGUUAAAAGUGGUAGCAGUAGUCCAGCACGAAGCAUUAGUAGAAGCCCAGUGAGAGUCGAGAGGGGAGCAAGUGUCAGUGUGAGUCCUCCAGUGAGAGCUCAUUCACGACGAAGGAGCAGCAGGAGUCCCUCAGCGUCUCCCACAAGGCGACUUAGCCCGAGUCCACCCAGAACCUCAUCGAGGAAAUCAUGGAAAUCAAAAAGUCGAAGCCCAGUUAGAUCUUAUAGGAGGAGUCCAAGCAGAAGCCCUGUUAGGCCUUCUCGAAGGAGCCCAAGCAGAAGUCCUGUUAGGUCUUCGCGGAGGAGUAUAAGCAGAAGUUCGGGCAGGGUUCCUACUAGGGUUAGGCCUUCAGGAAGGAGCCCAAGCAGAAGCCCUGUUAGGUCUUCUCGGCGGAGUGCAAGCAGAAGUUCGGGUAGGGUUCCUUCUAGGCGAAGCCCAAGCCGAAGUCCAGGUAGGGUUCCUAGCAGAAACAAUAGACGCAGCUAUUCAAGAAGUCCUGCAAGUGCAAGUCGUAGGGCAAGAUCUCCAGCAAGGAGCUCUUCAAGAAGCGCUUCAGUGGAUGGAUCUCCCAAGCGCAUCAGGAGGGGAAGGGGCUUUAGUGAGCGUUACUCUUAUGUUCGUAGAUACAGGAGUCGAUCUCCUGAUCGGUCCCCUGUUAGGCCAUACCGUUAUGGUGACAGAUAUUCGAGAUACAGAAGGUCACCUAGACGUUACAGGAGUCCACCUAGAGGAAGAACGCCGCCCAGAUACAGAGGCAGAAGAAGCCGAAGCCGCAGCCUAUCUCGUAGUCCUGUGCGUCACCGUGCUCGUCGUUAUAGCCGAAGUCCCGUGAAUAGUCGUUCUCCUGUGGACAGAUAUCGCAGGUCGCCAUCUGCUGAUCGGCAUAAAUCACCUUCUCGGAGCAGAAGCCGAUCAGAGUCGAGGUCAUCUCGGGACUCUCAGUUACCAAAGCAAGGCAGCAAAGAUAAGUCAAGAUCAUCCUCGGCGAGUCCCCCUGGGAAGGCAGGUCUGGUUUCCUAUGGAGAUGGGUCUCCUGAUUCAGGAUAGGGAGUAGAACCAUGUUUAGUUGCUAGGUAUCAAGUACUUUGGACAUAGUUUGGUUUUUCACCAUUCUACGACUGUGGUUUAGUCAUAUGGAUAGACUGCCCUCUGUAUUAGGGUCUGGACAGCAUGUUGGAUAUUUAUUACUUGAGUGUUCCGGUGUGUGCUUCUGAUUUAUGGUUGAAUAAUUUGUUAUGCACGUCUAUUAUAAUUGGUUUCACUGGAUGAUCAUGUGAGUAGCUUCGAUUCCUUCCACGGGAAUUUUUGGAUGCGAGCUAUUUAUGAUCUUAGUGAAUGAAUAUUUUGGACAAGUCAUUUGGUGA